AUGACCGCGUUUAGCCGUUCCUCCUUAGAGGAAUUAUUGAAAAAACGCUUUUUCUACGCGCCUUCUUUUCAAGUAUAUGGUGGUGUUGCGGGAUUUUAUGAUUAUGGCCCUCCCGGCUGCGCUCUUCAAUCUAAUAUCAUCGAUUUAUGGCGUAAACAUUUCGUGCUAGAAGAGGAAAUGCUUGAAAUGGAUGGUGCAAUUAUUACACUCGCUGAUGUUUUGAAAACAUCUGGUCACGUGGAUAAAUUUAGUGAUUGGAUGGUUAAAGAUGUCAAGACUGGUGACAUUUUUCGUGCUGACCAUUUAGUUGAAAAUGUUUUAGAAACAAGGCUAGAUGGUGAUAAACAAGCUGGGUUAAUGACUGAAAAUGAUGCAACAUCUCAAAAGGAUAAAAAGAAAAAAAAGGGUACAGUUCAAGCUAUUGAUAAUUAUACUGGUAAAGAGCUUGGAGAAAUCAUAAGUAAACAUAAUAUCAAAAGUCCUGAAACGGGUAAUGAUCUAACCGAACCUGUCGAAUUUAAUUUAAUGUUUGAGAGUAGCAUUGGGCCCACCGGACAUUUGAAAGGCUACCUCCGACCGGAAACCGCGCAAGGUCAAUUUCUCAACUUUAAGAAAUUUCUUGAAUUUAAUAAUGAUAAAAUGCCAUUCGCUUCCGCUUCCAUCGGUCGUUCUUUCAGAAACGAAAUUAGUCCAAGAUCAGGUCUUCUCCGUGUUAGAGAAUUUACAAUGGCUGAAAUCGAACAUUACGUAGAUCCUAAUAACAAGAAACAUGCUCGUUUCGAUGAAGUAAAAGACGUUAAAAUUUCUUUGCUUCCACGACAUAUACAAAGCGAAGGUAAAACAGUACCUAUCGAAAUGCCUAUUGGCGAAGCCGUCGAAAAAAAAAUUGUUGAUAACGAAACUCUGGGUUAUUUCCUUGCUCGUACACAUUUAUUUUUAACUAUGCUUGGUAUCAAAUACGAUAGGCUCCGCUUUCGUCAACAUAUGCCUAAUGAGAUGGCUCAUUAUGCUUGUGAUUGUUGGGAUGCCGAAAUUCAAAGUAGCUAUGGAUGGAUAGAAUGUGUCGGUUGUGCUGAUCGCUCAGCGUAUGAUUUGACUGUUCAUACAAAUCGUACAAAAGAAAAGCUUAUCGUAAGAGAGAGCUUGGCUAAGCCGUUGAUCUAUGAAAAAACUGUCCUGGAAAUCAACAAGAAAAUCUUUGGUCCUAAGCUGAGGCAAAGUGCAAAAACAGUUGAAGAUUAUUUAACUAACCUGAAUGAAGAACAAUUGGAAGCUUUGAAAAAGGAAUUGGAAGAUGGUAAAACCAUGGUUUCUUGUGCUGACGGUAAUCAAUAUGAAAUAUCGAGUGAUUUUCUUACUAUUCAGAAACAGACCAUUACAGAACAUGUUAGGGAAUAUAUUCCCAAUGUCAUAGAACCAUCUUUUGGCAUUGGUCGGAUCCUGUAUUCAUUAAUUGAACAUGUAUAUUGGACCCGCGAAGGUGAUGAACAAAGGGCGGUUUUAUCAUUCCCGCCACGUGUUGCACCUUUCAAAUGUUUACUAGUUCCUCUAAGUAAUAAUCUUGCUUUUUCUAAACUUGUAUGCGAUCUUUCUUCUAAACUUCGUAAGCUUCAUAUUUCCAUUAAGGUUGAUGACUCUUCUAAUUCAAUUGGACGCCGGUAUUCUCGUAAUGAUGAGCUUGGCACACCAUUCGCGAUCACCAUUGAUUUUCAAUCUGUGCAAGAUGGAACUAUAACAUUACGAGAAAGGGAUUCUACUAAACAAAUCAGGGAAAAGACUGAUACUAUACUUCAAGUUCUUAAAGAUUUGGUUGAAGAAGAUGUUACCUGGGAAGAAGUUUUAUCGAAAUAUCCUAUAUUCGUACAACAAGAGCUUGACUGA